UUAACGUUUCAACAAAUUAAAGUCAAAGAACAUUUUUUAUGAAUACUGCGUCAUUGUGCUUUUACAUAUUUGAGAAUUAAGUGAAGAAAAUAUACACAUUUUACGUCAUAGCAUUAUAAAAUUGAUUAAGACAAGAUAGAAGAAAUGUCUGGUCGCAAUGCCGAACGCAUCAAAAAGCGCGCUAAAUCAAAAUCGCGAAGCGCCCGUGCUGGAGUUAACUUUCCAGUAGGGCGAAUUCAUAGAAUUCUUCGUAAAGGAAAUUAUGCAAAACGUAUAGGAUGCGGGUCGGCAGUUUAUUUAUCAGCAGCUUUGGAAUAUUUAGCAGCUGAAAUAUUGGAAUUGGCUGGGAAAGCUGCAACUGAUAAUGGCAAAUCAAGAAUUUUACCUCGCCACAUCCUCUUAGCAGUGAAGAAUGAUGACGAGUUAAAUAAAAUGUUGGAAGGAGUAACAAUAUCUCAAGGAGGUGUUAUACCGAGAAUACAUCAACAGUUACUGCCUAAGAAAACUGCUAACAAAACUAAAACAUCAUCUGGCAAUUCACAGGAGUAUUGAAAAUGAAUAAUUUAUAGUUUUUUAAUCAUUUAUACUAUGAGAUAAAUAUUUGCAAUGAGUGAAGACUCAAAUACCUUAAGAGUCCUUGCAGAUGACAGACAUUUUAUCAGCCGAUAGUUUAGUUGGGAGCAUGAUUAGUGCAAAUGUGUGUGGGAGUGCACAUUAUAUUAAUUUUGUAUAUUUAAUUAACUGAUUUAAAGUCUGUAGGUGCAAGUGCUCUAAGGUAACUCUUUUCAUUAUAUGUGUUCAUCAUGAGAAGAAUUAUAAUUAAUAUUUGAAGUAUUGUUAAAUAUGUAUUGUAAUAAGUUUCUUACUGAUCUUUUGGUAGAAAAUCAUGAAAAAUGUUAUUUGUUGUAAUGUAUAAUAUGUGGGACUGUGAGAUAAAAUCUUUUAUGUUGAAACGCUAUGGUCAAUGCUGUGUUCAUUCAUAACAGUUUUAAUCUCAACAUUUCUUUACUUUUUUAUUUAGCUUGAUUUCUUAACCUUUUUUCUUCAAUUUUAUAUUUAAUUUUUUUCUGUAAUUAAUUAAAUCCAGCCUUUUUUUCUAUGUUUUCUAUUUCUAUGUAUAAUGCCUGGUGGCAAAGGACUUUUGACUAUCUUUUGUCAGUAAAAAUACAAAAGUGUUAUGUAAAUAACUUGAAACCGUAGUCUGCGAAUUAUAUUGUUACUUAAGAAAAUUAUAAUGGUAUAUUUAUUUUUUUAU